CGGUGCAGUAUCAUCUCUUUUCAAGAAAUUUCAUACGAACGCUGGGGACUCCUGUGCACUCUUACUGUAAGCCUGUCACUAAGGACUCAAUAUCCUUGUGCUGGGGCUCAUGCCAGCUCCUCAGCUGCCAGGUGCUGCUUCCAGCCCUCAGGCAGCCUCGGCAGCACAGGCCCCCAUCCCACCUGCUCCCGAAAGGGGCUGAUGCCUGGCCAAGCUUGGGGUUCGGCGGCAGCGCUGCCUCUCUGAUUUCCCUUGGCUUCCUUGGAGACGCUUGUGCUUGGAGGGGAAGAUGGAACGUUGCCUCUUGGAAUAAAUCUGCUUUUGAUCAUGCAAAUGAGUGCCCAGUUAAUGUAGGCAGACUGUCAAUUUCACCAGUAAGGAAGAGGAAAAGGGGGGUGGAAAUUCCCUAUCACAGAGACUGAUGAAGAAUUUCAAUGGAAAGCUACUACUUCAGAAGAUAGGACCGUUCACAGGAAUGGAGCCUUUCUAGGCAUCCCAAGCAGCCCUGAUGCUCCGUGGAGAGAAGUCUGCUCGGCGUACUGGUAAAAACAGGAACCUGCCCUCUGCCAGCGUUCGCCUUCCUCAUUUCUAGCAGAGGAAGUGUGUGGCAGUUUAGCAACUGAGAAGCUCCGUGAUAGCAUGGGCUUCUCCUCCCCGUCUUCCUGAGCCCUGGCCGCCUGCUCACUCGGGAGCAGCAGCAGCUGAUGGAGAGGUGGUGACUCAGGCCUGGUGACCACUCUGCAGAGAGCUCCCAGGGGAGGCCAUGCCCAACAUGUGAAGGCUUCGAGUGUCUCCGGCAGCCCCAGGGGAGAGAGACAUGGGAAACAGCAUAAAAUCCACCCCUGCACCCCCCGAGAGGCCUCUGCCUAGCACAGAUGGGCUGGAGAGUGAUUUCCUCGCGGUGCUGAGCGAUUACCCUUCUCCUGACAUCAGUCCCCCAAUAUUUCGCCAAGGGGAGAAAUUACGUGUGAUUUCUGAUGAAGGUGACUGGUGGAAAGCCAUUUCCCUCAGCAGCGGCAGAGAGAGUUACAUCCCUGGCAUCUACGUGGCCAGAGUGUACCAUGGGUGGCUGUUUGAAGGGCUGGGCAGAGACAAGGCUGAGGAGCUGCUGCAGCUGCCAGACACAAAGGUGGGCUCCUUCAUGAUCAGAGAGAGCGAGACCAAGAAAGGUUUCUAUUCACUGUCGGUGAGACACAGGCAGGUGAAGCACUACCGCAUCUUCCGCCUGCCCAACAACUGGUACUACAUCUCACCCAGGCUCACCUUCCAGUGCCUGGAGGACCUGGUCAACCACUACUCUGAGGUGGCUGAUGGCCUGUGCUGCGUGCUCACCACGCCCUGCCUGGCACAGAGCCUGCCCUCCCCUGCGGCACGGGCCCCCAGCUCACCUGUUGUCACCUUGCGCCAGAAGACCUUCGACUGGAAGAGGGCAUCCAGACUCCAGGACAACCCGCAGGGUGCAGGGAACCCGCUUGGCGUGGAUGAAUCCCUUUUCAGCUACGGCCUUCGGGAAAGCAUCGCCUCCUACCUGUCCCUGACCGGGGAUGAUGCCAGCCCCUUCGACCGGAAGAAGAAGAGCGUCUCCCUGAUAUACAGCGGGAGCAGGCGCAAGAGCUCGCUCUUCUCCGCAUCACAGUACUUUGAAGAUUAGCCCAAGCACAGGACAGCAGUGUCACUGGGGGUCUUGCAAAAGGUGGGGUGCUCUGAUCCCUGGGCAUCUCAUGCCUUCUAGAAGCCAGGAGAAGCUAUGUGGAGACUCCGCUAACAUCUUCUCUACUCACAUCGUGACCAAAGAACCCUGCUUGGCAUCUUAUCAGUACUGUGAAAACUUGACAGACUGGAAGGUGACACAAGGGGGCAUUGCUUCAGAGAGCCCAGCAUGUGACCAUGUGCACAGCACGUGUGGGAGGGCGAAGGACAUGCUCAAAGGAAAGCCCUUUCCAACUCAAGGUCCAGACACCCUGCUGAGUCCUCCGGGAGGGCUUUGAACUGAGCAACCCUGGGAAGAAGACCCACCCAAGGUAGUGGCCCUCUGACACAGGGCUGCUUUCACUGGUCUCUGAAGACCUUUGGGACACCCUGCACCAUCUCUCCUUCCAAGGGACCCCCUACACUACACACUAGCUUGAAGGUCUUAGCAGCUUCCAGAAGGAGCCUUUGAUAGUCUCGUGUGCCAAUGCCAUGCGGGCAGCAUUCGUCCAGUCUCCCUGACUCCUACCGGGGCUCAAGCUUGGGAGAGGAGACUGCUGACUGAGAAGACACAGGUAGCUGGGACUGUGCAAGUUUCCAGAGUGGCCCCAGUCAGAGCCACAGAGCAGGUAGGGCACAUCCGCUGCUGGGAUGCUUGGUUGUAGGAGAGCACCUGUUAUUUGAUUCCUUUUUGAUAUUCUAGAGAGAUGCUUGGCUACAUUCUAUGUAAGAAUCAGACCAAGGAAAAAAAGGAAGAAAGAAAAGAAACAUCAACCCUCAACAGAGGUUAUACAGUACAGAUAAACAUAUAAGCAGAUGGUUCAAAAGUGAGUGUGAAGGAAGAAAUUACAUGACCAAAGAAGGAGUAGGAGGUAUGUGAGGGGACCCUGGAUCUAUAAGGAGUCUAGGAUCGAGUAGGUAAGAAUGGCUAACGUAGGAUACUUAAUUCUAGGCAGAAUCUGGCUUACACAGGAAUAAAGAAUGCCAAGCUCCAGGAAAAAGGGAGGAGCCUUCAUGGCUGAAUUUUGCUGUGUGUUUGUGUAACCGUAAGAGAUGAGGGCAAGAACGUGGGCCAGGAGAAGCAUGGUCCAGGCUGAGAAGGGAGCGGCUUCAGACGAACCAUGACUCAUUCCUCCCUGCUUCAGGGGGGUGCUGGGGAAGAGGGGUGCACACAUAUGUUAUGCUGCAUCUGCUUGCCACGCACAUUCCUUGGCCCUGAGCUCACACAGCUAGUGGUAUAUCCGUAUAUGUCCACAUGGUUUCCCGGACCAUUUAACUCCAGGCUGUUUACACAAGGAGCCAUGUGAGAUUCCUCAGAAACCCCUAGACUGCUUCAGAAGGACCAGCCAGAGCAUGAGGAAUGACCUUAGCAGGAGACAGCAGCUUCAGUGUCGGAUGGGGCACUCUCUGGGCUGUGAUGCCUGACCAGUGCCUUCUGCAUUGUUUCCUGUGUGGUCACUGUGACUGGAAGCUUUGGAGAGCCCUGGAUUCAAGGGGUUGUAAGUGGGAAGCAUUACAUGUCUUUGCUCAAUCAUGUAUUUAUUCCUGAUUAAAGUAAACCUAAUAAAUAUUUAACCCUUGGAAUGGGGGAGCCUCUGGAUUGAGGCAAAUGGAAA